CCGGAGCUAGGAAGAUGUCGCCGGCUCCCGGUAGAUUUGACCGCGAGUCGGUAUCGCCCCGGAAGUUCCGGGGACCGCGACGCCGCGUUUUUCACAUUGCCAAUUUCCCCGCCGCCACCGCUGCAGUGAUCCUUGUUUUUCUCGUGCUCGUGCCCGCGGUCACCCCCGACACGAUUCCCAUAGGUGCCAUAUUCGAACAGGGUAACGACGAGGUGCAAUCUGUGUUCAAAUUCGCCAUGCUCAACUACAACGAGAACGUCACCGGACGCCGGUUCGAGCUGCAGGCGUUUGUCAACGUCAUCAACACCGCGGACGCCUUCAAAUUGUCUCAUCUCAUAUGCAACCAGUUCAGCAGAGGCGUCUAUUCCAUGCUGGGCGCCGUCAGUCCGGACUCGUUCGACACUCUCCACUCGUACAGCAAUACGUUUCAGAUGCCGUUCGUCACGCCUUGGUUCCCUGAAAAGGUGCUGACACCGUCGUCGGGAUUUUUGGAUUACGCGAUAAGCAUGCGGCCGGAUUAUCAUCGGGCCAUAAUCGACACGGUGCGGUACUACGGCUGGAAGAAAAUCAUCUAUCUUUACGACUCCCAUGACGGUCUCCUGAGACUGCAACAAAUAUACCAAGGAUUGAGGCCAGGCAACGAUUCUUUCCAAGUAGAAACGGUAAAGAGGAUACAGAACAUGUCAGAGGCGAUCGAUUUCCUUCGAAGUCUCGAGGAAUUGAGUAGAUGGAGCAACAAAUACGUGGUCCUUGAUUGCCCGACCGAUAUGGCGAAGGACAUCGUGGUCAGCCACGUCAGAGACGUAGCCUUGGGAAAGAGGACGUAUCACUAUCUCCUGAGCGGAUUGAUAAUGGACGACCGUUGGGAGAGUGAGGUGAUCGAGUACGGGGCGAUCAACAUCACAGGAUUUCGCAUCGUGGACGCCACUCGACGCCAUGUCAAGGAGUUCCUCUCGAAGCUGGCUACUUCCCAAGGCGCCGGUCGCGAGUCCAUUUCCGCUCAGGCAGCGCUUAUGUACGACGCCGUCUUCGUCCUCGUCGAGGCGUUCAGCAAGAUGCUGCGCAAGAAGCCGGAUCAGUUCAAGAGCAACGUCAGACGCAACGGCGUAUCGGGGAGCGGUCAUCAGGCCAACGCGACAAGGGCGCUGGACUGCAACCCUAGCCAGGGAUGGGUGACUCCCUGGGAACACGGAGACAAGAUUUCGAGGCAUCUCAGAAAGGUCGAGAUCGAGGGUCUGACGGGGGAAAUUCGGUUCAACGACGAUGGCCGCCGGCAGAACUACACCCUCCACGUUGUCGAAAUGACCGUAAAUAGCGCGAUGGUCAAGGUUGCCGAAUGGACCGACGAGGCUGGGUUCCAGCCGAUAGCGGCGAAGUACGUGAGACUUCGACCCCAGUCGGAGAUCGAAAAGAACAGGACGUACAUCGUGACAACGAUCGUGGAGGAGCCGUACAUCAUGCUGCGGAAACCGGAACCGGGCGAAACGCUAACCGGAAAUAACCGAUUUGAAGGCUACUGCAAAGAUCUCGCAGAUCUGAUAGCGAAGAAGCUCGACAUAACUUACGAACUGCGCAUCGUCAAGGACGGCAAAUACGGGACAGAAAAUCCGGACGUUAACGGUGGCUGGGACGGAAUGGUCGGCGAACUGAUUCGAAAGGAAGCGGAUAUCGCCAUCGCCUCGAUGACAAUAACAUCGGAACGGGAACGCGUCAUCGACUUCACAAAGCCCUUUAUGUCCUUGGGUAUCAGCAUCAUGAUAAAGAAGCCGAUAAAACAGAAACCUGGCGUAUUCAGUUUCCUCAAUCCUCUCAGCAAGGAGAUUUGGGUCUGCGUCAUAUUCUCUUACAUCGGGGUUUCCAUCGUCCUCUUCAUAGUCUCAAGGUUCUCGCCAUACGAAUGGAGGCUCCUUCAAAUCAACGGUGGAAAUGACCCAAUGGCAGGGGCAAGAGGAGAUCCUGGACUUCCGCAUCCUCACGCCCCUCACGGUUCCCCUCACACGCCACAUUCCAGCAUGGCGAACGACUUCAGCAUUCUCAAUAGCCUGUGGUUCUCCUUAGGCGCAUUUAUGCAACAGGGCUGCGACAUUUCACCGAGGUCAAUUUCGGGACGGAUCGUUGGAAGCGUUUGGUGGUUUUUCACCUUGAUACUGAUAUCAUCGUACACUGCAAACUUGGCGGCGUUUCUGACCGUCGAGAGGAUGGUGGCGCCGAUAAACUCCCCGGAGGACCUCGCUUCCCAAACCGAAGUCCAAUACGGCACACUCUCCCACGGAUCAACCUGGGACUUUUUCAGGAGGUCGCAGAUCACCCUCUACAGCAAAAUGUGGGAGUUCAUGAACUCGCGGAAACACGUCUUCGUCAAAACGUACGACGAGGGCAUCAGGAGGGUGAGAACGAGCAAGGGAAAAUACGCGCUGCUGAUCGAGAGUCCGAAGAACGAGUACAUCAACGAGCGAGAGCCCUGCGACACAAUGAAGGUGGGGAGAAACCUCGACGCGAAGGGUUUCGGGGUUGCAACGCCCCUCGGUUCUCCUUUGAAGGACAGCAUCAAUCUCGCGGUCCUGUCGCUGAAGGAAAACGGCGAGCUGACCAAGCUGACCAACCGAUGGUGGUACGACCGGACGGAGUGCAGACACGGGGACAAGCAGGACGCCUCGAGGAACGAGUUGUCGCUGAGCAACGUCGCCGGGAUAUUCUACAUCCUGAUAGGAGGCCUCCUGGUCGCCCUCGCCGUCGCUCUUCUAGAAUUUUGCUACAAAUCGCACACCGAGGCGACCAGAGCAAAGAUUCCCUUGUCGGACGCGAUGAAAGCAAAAGCUAGACUGACGAUCGGCGGCGGUCGUGACUUCGACAACGGACGGUGGUACGGACUGCAGAGUUAGACGGAGGAUGCAUGCGCCUAUCCCGGGACCAUAUUACUACGCGCCAGCGAAUGCGAUUGGCAAUGCCGAGAGCGACCAGGUGCACAGCAAUACUCACACGCAGGUUUAGAUUCGUCCGACGCAACGCGAUUUACACCCCCAGCCCCACCCCCGCCCCCGCCGCCACCACCGCCGCCGCCUCCGCCGCCCCCAGCAAAGCCGAGCAGAAGCGUAACGUUUGCUGAACCACCGCCGAAGAGCCCGAAGCCAAGACGCAGGGCGAGUAUGGCUGCCCUGGAAAUGGCCGUGCCCUGGAUGCCUGCGCCCCAAGGCCCCCGGACCGGCGGCACUUCCGGUUCGAACAGAAAGCCGGAAUACGUAACUUGAGAGGCAGAAGCCGGUUCCAGCGGUGGAAACUUGGCCCGAAUCACGUGCGCGUCACGUGUAUCAUUCAACGCAUUCGGUAAAUCAGAGGACUAUUUUUUUAUUCUCAGUGCGGGAAGGUGGAACGUUGUUCCAUUGGCUUGCGAUGAAAAUCGAUCGUUUGACGCGUUGGUUGUUAGAAAUUUAAACUCGACUUUUAACGCACUGAGAAUAACCAUUCCCGUACGGUCGUUCAAUGAAAUGCGUAAACGUUUCUACGUACUUAAUAAUAAUGAUAAUAAUAAUAAAUAUGUAUAUAACUCUAAGAAAAUGAAAAAUUUAAAUCAUAACCAGUAACGCGACGAUUGAGGAAAGUGACGAUGACGAUGAUGAUUAACCGGACGACACGCUUAUCGUAUAUUGAUGAUGGUCCUGGGGUGGGUGCAUGUGCAACAAACAACACAAAUCUAUAAUUCGAUAAUAUAUAUUGACUGCCAUCUCGCUGACGACGAAGUACGACGCUCUGCAGUUAUGCGAAGAUAUAUAUUUAAUAAAUAUUAUAUAUAUAUAUAUAUAUAUAUAUAUAAAUUAUUAAAUAAUAAUGAGGAGAAAAGUAAAACUCUCUACUGGUGGUGACGAAAAAACGAUCGAACAAUCGGGUGCCACUUACGCCGAGUCGAAUAUUGUUCUGUACAUUUGUCGACUUGAAUGCGGAAUAAGAAAAAAGGAGAAGAGACAAAGAAAAAAAAAAAAAAUACCAAAACAACCAACUACUACAAUAUUAUACAUACAAAUAAACAUACACUGUAUUGUGUGAGCCGGUGAAAGUUUAUCGUGCAAGUGUGAAAUUAUAUAUUAUAUAUGCAUAUAUACUAUAUACAUGUUAAUCCUGUACGAGUGACUGAAAGCCCGCAGAUGGCCGAAUGAGUAUGUGAAUUUUUAAUUGUAACUAUAAUCGUAAGGGUGCACGAGACGAGCGCAUGAAUCACGCGGCCGCAAUUAUUUAUUGCAAAUAAAAAAUUUGGAGAAAAAGUACACGGAAUAAAAGGAUAAAAAUAGAAUAAUAAAUAAAUAAAGUAAAGUAAAACAUUGUCGGAAUAAUUAUAUUCGUAUAUGAUUAUGUAUCGUGUUUCUGAGUAAAAGAGAAAAGAGAGAGAGAGAGAGAGAGAGAGCGUGAUGGAAAUGUUGACAAACCUAUGAGUUAAUUGUGUGAGUUUACCGUAUAAAUAUAUUCCUUAUAAGUAUAAUAACGAUUUGCGCCGAUCACUGAAGGCUGACCCUCCGUUACUGCGGUUUCCGGAAUUGAAAACCCUGAAGAAAUAAUCCCUCGCCCAUCGAGUCCCUCCAGCGGUUUUUGCUGACUAAUGACCAAACCAAUUUCAGUUAGGUCUCGCGGCCCAUAAUCCGAACGGUAUUUGUAAGAUUACCCAUUUCUUCACCGAUACAAUCUUAUUACAGCCUCGUCCGAAGGCUUUACGCGUCUGAAAUUGGUGCGGAGCACAACGAUUUACAAUCGAGAUCAUCGACCGUCGUAUCGGUAAAUAAAUACCUCGUUUUCUCAAUGCUGGAAACCCUUUUCUUAUAUGGUCAGCCCAGUGCGAGCCUUGUCUGUAAUUAAUAUAGUGGCCCGAAAAAAAAAAAAAUACGUGCCAAAGGGCGAUACGAGAGGCUUUGCCUGAUAUUACGAGGAAGUUCGACGACUCAAUUGACUAGGAAUCGCCAUGCAAAAAAGGAAGUAAUAAACGAUGUCGAAACGCUCUGUAUUAUAGUACACGUGUUCAUUUUCACGUAAUAUCAAACUAGGCCGUAUUUAAGAAUCCGAUGCAAGCGUAACGUGUACAGCAAUUAGUGGCACACGCGGAUUGGUGCGGAUAAAAAUUAAACACUUUGGCAUAAAAUAUGGCCAAGUUUGUUCGUUUGAUUUCUCGAUGCAUCAUUCCACAUUCGUUCGUUCCGAUUUGAAUUCACUCAUCCUUUUUUGUGUAUACGUUAGGGUGUUCGAGAAAAAAAUAACUUACGAUUUUCAGCCGUGGCACUCCGUAACAAGUUUUUUUUUUACAUCAAAAGAAAGAUUCUGUGAAAAGAUGAGCGUUCUACGUUAUUGGAAGAUCGCGCUCAUUUGAUUUAUCCCACGAUCCAUAAAACGACAAUGUAUCAUCCGUGAAUCUUAGUCUCCUGAAAUAAAAGUUCAUAUUGAAUUAUAACGAUUUUAUGAGACUGAAUUAAUAAUGAAAAAAUCGUCAGAUACACUUCUUGAACGUCGACUGAAGACUUGAUAUUAUAAGUGUCGGUAUCCUUUUUGACGUAAAUUGAUAUUGCGAUUGAUGUAAGCGAUAAAAAGAAAUUUAUUUACAAUACUUCGUAAGUUUAAAAAAUGUAUGAAAGUGAAAAAUCAACUGAGCGCGACCUUCCAUAUAACGUGGAACGCUCAUCUCUUCACAAAAUUUUUCUUGUAAUCCGAAUGAACUUUUUAGGGGCGCCAUGGUGGAAAAUCGCAAAUUACUUUUUCUCAAACACCCUGGUAUACAUAUAAUAAUACAUGUGUAUAUGUAUAGAUAUUUUAAGCACCGCUGCGUGCGCCACGCUGUACACAAUCCAUAUUAAUAUCAUAUCGUCAGUUUUUACUUACAUAAUUAUUGAAAAUAAAAAAUAUAUAUAUAUAUAUAUAUAUAUAUAUAUAUAUAUAUAAAUAUUAUACUAUUAAACACAAUAAAUAAGUUUAAAAUAAAAUCAAUAAUAAAUAAUGAAUAUGGUGCGAAGCGUUGCAGUUAAGUAACGCGGAGAUAAGACUACGUUGCUACAAUGUUGACCCAGUGUGAUUAUUCUAUUGUACUUAUAAUACUUCAGCAACCAAAAAAAAAAAAAGAAAAAUGAUUAAAAUAUGACUAAACGAUAAUGUUUCACUAUCUAAUAUUCUCACCGGGCGUUGUUAAGUUUGCGAGUAUAAUUAUUACCAUUAUAUACCGAUUAUAAUUUUUUUCCCCUACAAUCCUUGAUACAAUUUACAUUGCAGCAAGUACUGAUUUCGCAGCGUUUUUAAAGGCUUGAAUUGAUUCUUCUUACUUUGAUAUUUAAAAAGAUUUCGUUGCAAUGUAUUGUAGAUUACAAUAAAUCAGCCACUGCGGCAAGCUUUACGUUUCCUGGUUUUUAAUAUAGUAUUGAAAUAGAACAAUAAAUAAAAUAAAAGUAAUAAAUAUGGAAAACCUACAAGUCCGAAUCAAAACUCAACAUAACUUAAAUUGAACAAUAUUAAUAAAAAUGUUAUUAUAAAAAAAUCAAAGAGGAAAAAAAAAAAAGGAAAAUUGCAGAAUCAUAAAAGAAAGCAGUUUUAAACCAGCGUCUUCCAGUCGCCGCCGCCACCCGGUAUACGAAUAACGAGCAAAUGAACAAAACACGUACCUACACAAUGUUGCAAGGUGCGGCAAAUCGUACGAAUCCACGAUACCCGGCACCUGCACUCAACACAAACUCUUUCCUCACCCGCGUUUCGCAAUGAGAUACAUACAACUAUAAUUAUGUAAAACGAUGUAAGCCAAAUAAAAUUUGCAUAAAUACACGAUCGUUUA